AUGGCUAACCCGUGUUUGUGUGGCUGUGCCGAUGCAGGACAAGGAUGCGACAGGGGUAUUCCAGGUGAUAUCACCGCCGAUGAACUUGGUGAGGUCAUGCGCGAGCUGGGUCUAAACCCCAGCGACGCUGAGCUCCACGAUCUCGUCAGCGAGGCCGACCUCAAUAGCGAUGGCGUCAUCUCGUUUGAUGGUAAGGACCUUGCCCUCCCCCACGUUCUCCAACACUGGUUCCUGACGGGUCCGCACUCAGAAUUCCUAGCCCUCAUGUCUCAAUCGGUUAGGGAGCUGGACACGGAGCAGGAACUCUACAACGCGUUCAAGGUCUUCGAUAAGGACGGCAGCGGCACCAUCUCUAGCGACGAGCUGCGCAAUGUGCUCAAGUCUCUCGGGGAGGACCUGACCGACGAGGAGGUCGACGAAAUGAUCAAGCUGGGCUGA